AUGGGGGUCAACACCCGCAGACCGAUCCUACCCGCCCCCACAGAAUCCAUCAUCGAUACGGGGGAGAGUACCACGGGCACAGAUCUGGCAACUGACAUUUCUCGCCGCACAGACAAAACGUCGUACUCUAUCCCAGACGACGGAAGCCCCGUAACUGUCUCCACCCGGCGACAGCGGGACCGCGACGAGAAAUUGUCUCGUUCACAUCACGAUUCUCAUACCUCUUUACUCAUCGAGUAUUUUGAGGGCGGGAAAGGCUCAGGCGGUAUCGUCUCUCGCCCCAGCGUGCGAGUCCGUGUUACGCCAUCGUCGGCUAGAAAGUCCAAAGACAAAAGGGACCACUUCCAAGUCACCGAGACAAGCGGAAGCGGAAGUCGCAAGCCGUCAUAUACGCACCGAAUAUCUUUGCCAUCAUCUUCAUCGAAACAAAAACAACUCGACUCGGCUGCAACGGAUGAUCAGAGUGUCAGUUCCCUUUCAGCUGAGGAGGAGGGUUACCAGUCAACACGUCGGCCGGUAGACAUCGAAUUUAUCAAUCGCGGAGGAAUGUCUACUCUUUCGCAAGAUACCCGAUAUAUGCCUGUUUCAUCAGACAUCUCGUCCAUGCCGCCGGACAGCAUGAUCAACGCUUCUUCAGCCGGCCCUCGGCGCAAACGCAGUCAAAGCCUUGAGCGCGGCUCGCCCCACGACGAGAAGGGUUUGCUGAAAACGCCACACCGCCAAAGAAGUCGCAGUCUCAGUACGGAGCGCAUCGCACACCGUGUCGCAGAAAAGCUCACCGAAUCGCCGCAAGAAGCUUCCAGUGGCAAGCGCAGGAGCAAGAAUAGGGGCGGUAAAGAUUACCUCGAAGCCGAACCAAAAAUAUCCUCCUCCCGUCGACGAAAGCACAAGUACGCAGAAGAAGAUAUCAUUAGCCCGGAAUCUAGUCUUCUGAGUACCUCCGCUGUCUCUUCAAACCGCAAGUCUGAUCAGUAUUCAGUUCGUUCCGGUGCAUCCAAAUCUUCUAUCAACAACCCAAAAUUACUCGAGACGGUUGAGGAUGCGAUCCGAAGAUUGAUCCUGCCGGAGCUCAAGGAGCUCAAGAAAGACCAAAAGGUCAUGACUAACAAAAGUAAAUUUGACCGGGAUAUGGCGACAUCUUAUUCGUCUGGGACCAGCUCCAGAGACGAGCUAGGUCGUCGUCUUUCCAAACAUGCCAGUGCGCCGGAUGUCAUGAAGCCCAAGGUAGUCCUGAACAAGGAUAGCAAAGACGAGGGUAUUGUUCUUUCCGGGUCUGGUUCCGGCGAGGCUGCUUCACGAAACAAGGAGCGCAAAUCGAGCAAGAGCAGCGAAACUUCCGACAUGGCAGUGCGGUGGGCCAAUCGACCCGACUACACCGAACAGGACAAGAUCCGAAGGCAGAAAAGUAAGGGUCUUCGCGAUGCACAUGCUGCCGCCCGCGUUGGCUCUGCUCUCACAGCAGCUUCGUUGAAACAUCAUGACUCCAGCUCCAGUCUCGGCCAAAAGGAGCGCCGUCACAAGAGUGGUUCUCGAAAGAGCAGCGAGAGUAUGAAAUACAACGAAACUGAACUUGUCUUCCAGAAGCACAAUGUUGCGCCGAUGCCAAUGCGCAGUGAAAUUGAGUCCCAGUUGACCAGAACCUCCUUGCUCUCUGAGCGCACAGAGAGUCCUCCUCCCCAGAAGAGGCAUUCCCAAUUGGACCUGGCUCGUGAAUCACCGAGACAAAGCGCAUCGCCAGCCUCUCGGACCCCCACCCGGAAUUCUGUCGACUCACGCUAUGGACUCGGAAUGCAUCACCAUAAUCAGUCUCAUCACAAUAUUUCAGUGCACAGCGUCUCAGACCGUGACUUGCAUCGCAAGAGCCAGUCCCCUGGAACCGACGGCGGUGACUGGGCUAUCGCGGCUGCAGCCGCCGCUAACCUUCUGGACGCCGCUCACCCCGGACAUCAGCAAACAGAAGAUGACUAUGGCGAUGAGAGCCACGACCGUGCCUUAAGCCCCAUUCAAAGUGUUGCAAGUGGUGCUACCGAGACUUAUCACGACCACUACCCAGCUCAUGGCGAGAAGGAUGUUGAAGGCAAGCGCGAGAUGGAGCCUCGGCUGUCUAUUGACUCUCUUUCCUCCGCCCCUAGCACAGACCUUGCACGAUCUACCCGCCUAGGCACCAGCCCACAGAGCCAGAGUGGACUGUUGAAGCAGGGUAGUCAGGAGUCACCUGGGCUCGGAUACGAACAUUCGCGUCAGGGCUCCCAAAAUGAUGGCUUCUAUGGCUACGACGAGGAGAGUCGACUUACUGCCGAUAAUGAAGAUAGCGAGGUCGACUUCAUGGACAAGGUCAAAGAAGGCCGCCACUUGACAACUGGCGCUGCUGCCAAUCCCCAAUUCAUUCACCCGGUGGACGUGGAAUCCGCAGUCGCCUCCCUGAUGGAUCCCUCUGUCCUUGAAUCUCAGAUUUCUUCGAGCAACCGCUCCCAAACCGAUUUGGGCCAACGACCAGGUAGUCGGAGCCCGGAAAAGCAAUUAAGCGAAGUCUACCGUGGAAGUCCCUUGAAGCAGCGCCAGGAUGCUUCCAAUGCUGAUGACACUUCAUUCCCUCGACGAAUCGGUGCAACAUCGCCUCCUCAGAGCGUUACCCAAUCGUAUGAGGAUCUUGAUGACUCGGCUAUGAUGGGUGGCCCGCGAGGCAUGGAUAGCCCGCUCGGAGACGCAGAAAGCCAGCAAUCGGAGUCUGAGAUUAACACCAACCCCUCCAUCAUCCAGGGUCCUAUUGGCGGCGUCGCUCAAAGAGAGCAUUGGGGUUAUGACUCCAUGCCUGCUCCAGCGGAUCAUUACUAUAGCAGCCCUACUGGCGGGCCUCAAGAUCUCGAUCACGAUCAGCAGCGAGGACUGGAUGCGGAGUAUUACCAAACUGCCCAAAACAUCUUUGGUGGUGAUGACUACUCCAUGCACUCCACUGAACACCAACCUCGGCCAUUGUUUGGCACCCCUCCGGGUGCUAAGGAUGAAGGCUAUGUCUCGGCUGCCAACCCUAUGUCUCCAAGCAUCGGGACCCCGAAGCAAGGCAGUCGAGGUCUCGCAGGUGCGGAUGUCGCUGGCAUGGGUGGGUUGGAGAGCCCUGCUGGGCAUGAUGAUCCUUUUGCCACCGGUCAGGAACGCCACUUCAGCGGUUAUUCUCACGGUGUCGGUUCGCCGCUCUACGAUAGUGCAACUGGUCGGGGCAUCGAGAGGAUUCAGUCCCAAGAUAUCGUGGCUCUCAUGGAUCAUCUGACUGUCCGGGAUGCCCAGCGCAAUGCUAGAGACACUGAAAUUCUCGUGACUCUGGUUCGGAGUGCCGCUGAGAUGCGCACCUCUUUCGAGCAAAUGAAGAGGUUCAUCGCUGAUCAGGACGAUCUCAUCAUGGACACCAGCGAGAGAGGACAUGAGCGCACUCACAAGGCUCUCGGUGGGCCUCGUCCAUUGCCACUCAGUGCUUCCCGAAACCGACAGCUGAACACAGCCGAUGAAGAAGACAAGCGGAAGAACAUCUUCAAGCGUGCGCUCAAAGGAUUGAGUCUCAAGUCGGGCAAUGAUUUGUCCAAGAUUGAAGGCAUGCUUGAGCAGCUUCUUGACGAAGUUGAGGCUCUGCGGUCUGGUCAGGACGGCUUCGGCCCUCGCAGCAAUGGCAUCGGAAUGGGAAGCAUGGGUGCCAGUGGGUACGAAACCCCCAACCCCAACGGAGCACCUGUCGAGGCCAGCCGCUCUCCCUACGGAGCCAGCCCAGCUCGUCCGGCCAAUGGACAACGUGGAGACUCUGAUCAACGAGUUAGCACUGUCCACGAAGUCGACGAGGGCGACCUUGAGCUUGACGAGGAUGACGACUUCCUCACCACCCAUCUCCCUGUCCGUGAGCCGCCUCGCCACGAGCGCUCUGGCUCGCUGCCUCUGAACACGCCUCCUCGCAAGCCAUUAGCCGCAGGCGCCCGCAGCACCGACACAACCCCCAAGGCCGAAAAGGCUCGCAAGCAUAAGUCGAGUAGCUCCUCCAUUUUCCCCAAGAUCUCUCGCUGGUCCAAGUCCACCGCUACCUCCGUGGGUGAUGGUAUCCGCAAUAGCAUCCAGCCCUCUCGCAAAGAUCGUCCGUCCUCAGACGUAUCUCCAUCUGGAUCUGAUCUCGCCCAGGAUGCUUACAAAGUCGAAUACUACGACCCCCAAGGGGACGAUCGGAUCCGAUCCACAUACACCCUAGACGAAGAACAAGAAAACCGACCUCCCUCUCCUUUGGUGCCCUCCCAGGUCUCCGAUGUCCCCAAGUAUCGGGGUCACCGCGGUAGCCUGGAGUUGCAGCACCCCCAGCCUCGCCAAGGCCCGACUGGCCGCUACCAGUCCCGCCUUGAAAACGAAGCCCAAACCUAUGGUCCCAUCUCGCCAACGGACUCAGACCGGUGGGAAUCCAACCCCAGCCUCUCUACCGUCAACCCCAAUCCCAACCGCUUCAGUGGUGUCAGUGGUCCAACCAACCGCCUAUCCCCAAUCUCCGACGCAGGCUACUCGGAGACCAGCUCCCGCGCAAACCGAACUCCUGGGCCUCCGCGUCCUCCCAAGGUCAAGGAUGAAGGUCCUCUGAUCCCUGAGCGCUCCACAAAGGUAGCGCAAGAUGAGGAGUCAUACAGCGCCGACCGUAUUGUUUCAAGGAGCUCCGCCAUCCGCUCUCCUCCCAUGCGUAAGCCUACCGGCCCGCGCCCCCUCACCUCCGGCGGCCCCUACAGCCCAGGCAACACCAAGCGAAGCCGUUACCGAGGCAGCCCUGUGCAAGUCGACGAUGAUGAAGCUUAUUGA